AUGGGGAUAACUGUGGGGCUGGAAGGACAAAGUCCAAGUGACCACCAGGAAACUUCUAAUCUCUCCAUUCCUAGGCCAGAAUUUGGCAAUGUGCAUGUGACAACAAAUCAGGCAAGCGCAUCCCCUUCAAUUAAGCUUCUCGUGGAUGACCCGAUAGUGGUGAACCCUGGAGAAGCGAUCACCUUAGUCUGUGUGACGACAGGAGGGGAGCCAGCCCCUAGCCUGACGUGGGUGAGGUCUGCAGGCAUCCUGCCUGAGAAGACAGUCCUGAAUGGCGGCACUUUAACAAUACCUGCCAUCACGCCAGAAGAUGCUGGCACGUACAGUUGCAUUGCUAAUAACAACGUUGGAAAUCCUGCGAAAAAGUCCACCAACAUCAUCGUAAGAGCCUUAAAAAAAGGACGUUUUUGGAUCACCCCUGACCCCUAUCACAAAGAUGACAACAUCCAGAUUGGGAGAGAGGUGAAAAUCUCCUGCCAGGUGGAAGCCAUCCCUUCUGAAGAGCUUACGUUCAGCUGGUUUAAAAAUGGACGGCCCUUGCGAAGCUCUGAAAGGAUGGUCAUCACACAGACUGACCCCGAUGUUUCACCUGGCACCACAAACCUGGACAUCAUUGACUUGAAAUUCACUGACUUUGGGACAUACACGUGUGUUGCGUCUCUGAAGGGAGGUGGCAUAUCGGAUAUCAGCAUUGAUGUCAACAUCUCCAGCAGUACAGUCCCACCCAAUUUGACUGUUCCUCAAGAAAAGUCACCCCUGGUCACCCGGGAAGGGGACACGAUUGAGCUGCAGUGCCAGGUGACAGGGAAGCCCAAGCCCAUCAUUCUCUGGUCCCGAGCAGACAAGGAGGUCGCGAUGCCGGAUGGGGCGAUGCAGACGGAGAGCUACGAUGGGAUCCUGAGGAUAGUGAACGUGUCCAGGGAGAUGACGGGAACCUACAGGUGCCAGACCAGCCAAUACAACGGGUUUAAUGUGAAACCCAGAGAAGCUUUGGUACAGCUCAUUGUACAGUGUAAGUAG